AUGAUGCGUGCACCUUGUUGCAAUAAUCCUCCUCCUCAACAAAUCCCAACAACGAGAAGAUGUCAGUGUUCCCCUCAUGGACAAAAAUGUGGCUGCAGUGAAAGGAUCAAUCAGCUUUCAGAUGAAUUAAGUCAAGGCUCUCAGCUGAAGCCGGAUGUUGGGUUACUUGCAAAUUUUGAAUCCGAGAGGGAGAACGGACAUUUUCUAUCACUUCUUACUUCUUCAUCCUCGUUCCGACGACCGCAUGAAGCUUCAAAACCCACGAGCCAUGUUCACAACAAGGAACACUCUAAUUUGCUUUAUCAGUCGGACCACUCAUCAUCACCAGGGCUAAUUGUUCGAAGGAGUUUGCAUGAUCCGCUUUCAGGAGCCACCAUAAGGAGCAUAACAAGUUGCAUUGCUAACACUUCAAACCUCAACUUACCUCAUACCAUAAGCCAAAUUGGAAGAGCUAAUUUUCCAGGUUCACAGAAUGAUGAGCUUAAUUCUGGAAUUUGCACCACAUUAAUUCUUGGAUCUACUCCUCUUCGCCAUAUUUCUUUUUUCCAAAGUCUUUUUGGGCUGCCUAACAACCUUUUGCGGUCUUUGUGGCCUUCCAUUUGGCCUCCCCACGUAAGUGCAGAUUCUACAUUUCGAUUCGGUCAAGCUUCUGCCUUUUCUUCUGAUGAUAAUGGGGUCCGAAAUGUUACCCAAAUUGAUCUAUGGAGGCAACUACUGAUGGAAUCGACUCUAUAUAUGCACACACCGGCUGAUAGCUUGUUGGAAGGUUCGACUUCAUUUUUUUUAGUAACAGCUAACCGUGGAGUGAACUUCAGGCUUGUCACAGAGAAUGCUGGAGUUAUUUACCAACGGCCUCUGCACGUUUCAAUUGAAAUGCGCAAUCGUUCUGGAGCCAUGUGGCUUGAUGUGGAUAGCAUGUCAUAUGAGGAGUUGUUGGCUUUAGAAGAUCAUAUAGGGAAUGUCAGCACAGGAUUAUCUGAGGAAGCAGCUGUUGCAUCUCUCAAGCGCAGCAAUUACUUUUUGUUUGCAGAAGAAAAUGCUCAGAAAGACUUUUGCAGCAUCUGCCAGGAGGAUUUCGUAGAGGAGGAUGAGCUAGGAACAUUGGAUUGUGGUCAUGGCUUCCACAUUGCUUGCAUUAAACAAUGGCUGGGAUAUAAAAAUGUAUGUCCUAUAUGCAAAUCUCCCGGUUUAUGUACUACACGCCCCUCGUCCUCACGUAUUUAA